CUCUCUGCGGGCAGCCCUGUGCCGCCGUGCGAUGUCCGCCGGCUGGUUCCGGCGUCGUUUCCUGCCGGGAGGUCCGCUCCCUGCGCCGCGGCCCCCGAGGCCGCGCGCCAGCCCCGUGCCCUACCGGCGGCCCCGCUUCCUGCGCGGCUCGGGCUCCUGCCCCGGCACAACCGACGCCCCGCGCUGCCCGGAAGCCCGGCCUGUGCGCUGCCCGGCGCGGGGCCGCGCGCUGCCCUGGAAUGCAGGUUACGCAGAGAUCAUCAAUGCAGAGAAAUCUGAGUUCAAUGAGGAUCAAGCCGCCUGUGGGAAGCUGCGCAUCCGGCGAUGUGAGUUUGGGGCUGAAGAGGACCAGGAGUGGGUGACCUUGUGCCCAGAAGAGUUCCUGACAGGUCAUUACUGGGCACUGUUUGAUGGGCACGGCGGUCCAGCUGCAGCCAUCCUGGCUGCCAAUACCCUGCACUCCUGCCUGCGGCGGCAAUUGGAGGCCAUAGCAGAGGGCUUGGUGGCCACUCAGCCCCCCAUGCACCUCAGUGGCCACUGUGUCUGCCCCAGUGAUCCCCAGUUUGUGGAGGAAAAGGGCAUUAGAACAGAAGACUUGGUGAUCGGAGCUCUGGAGAGCGCCUUCCAGGAAUGUGAUGAGGUGAUCGGGCGGGAGCUGGAGGCCUCAGGCCAAGUGGGCGGUUGCACAGCCCUGGUGGCUGUGUCCCUGCUGGGAAAGCUGUACGUGGCCAAUGCUGGAGAUAGCAGGGCCAUCUUGGUGCAGAGAGAUGAGGUACGGCCUCUGAGCUCUGAGUUCACCCCAGAGACUGAGCGACAGCGGAUCCAGCAUCUGGCCUUUGUCUACCCUGAGCUUCUGGCUGGUGAAUUCACCCGACUGGAGUUCCCUCGGCGACUGAAGGGGGAUGACUUAGGGCAGAAGGUUUUGUUCAGGGAUCACCACAUGAGCGGCUGGAGCUACAAGUGCGUGGAGAAGUCGGAUCUCAAGUACCCACUGAUCCAUGGACAGGGUAGGCAGGCUCGGUUACUGGGAACACUGGCCGUCUCCCGGGGCCUGGGAGACCAUGAGCUCAGAGUCUUGGACACAAACAUUCAGCUCAAGCCCUUCUUGCUUUCUGUCCCACAGGUGACAGUGCUGGAUAUGGACCAGUUGGAGCCACAGGACAACGAUGUGGUUGUCAUGGCAACUGAUGGGCUCUGGGAUGUCCUCUCCAAUGAGCAGGUGGCACAAAUAGUGCGGAGCUUCCUCCCUGGCAAUCAAGAGGACCCACAGAGGUUCUCGGAGCUGGCCCAGAUGCUGAUACACAGCACACAGGGGAAGGACAACGGUCUCACAGGGGAAGGGCAGGUGUCCUACGACGACAUCUCUGUGUUCGUGAUUCCCCUAUACAGCCAGGGCCAAAGGAACAGUGGCCACUGAAGAUUCAGACACUGCAUCCCUGAACCACUCAGGGCCAAGUGCAAUCUGGGCAUCUCUCCACUGUGGACAACAGCAAGCCGGCCUGCCCUGCCUCCAGACACAGCCCAGGGCUCUUGCCCCGCACCCCAACCCAUUUCAAAGGGAGCAUUUAUACCAAGCAGACAGCUGAAGAGUGCAGAGUACCCAGCUCCCCAGGUCCCUCCUUUGGCAGGCAGGAAAACAGUGCUAGUGUCAGUGAUAACAUCCCUCUGGCAGGCAUUUUACAAGCUGCAACAGUCAGGGGGCUCUUCAGGCAGGAUCCUUAAUAAUCCAAUAUAUUAUUCCCAGCAGGGACAGCUGGACUAAGGGAAUUGGCCAAGGAUGCUGGGAGGGGCAGAUAGCCUAUGUUUGGAUCCAAGUCUCCAUUCUGUGAAUGUCAGGGUUAUCUACUUAACAACCCCAAAGCUCAUAUAGGGAACCUUAUGGGAAGUUGUGGGGAGCCUCAUCUACUGAACAGCCAUCCUGAAGCAUGUCCUGCGGCUAAAGUUGGAAAACGAAAGGGGGCAAGAGGAGCCCCAGUUGGCUGAGUGGGGGAAUUCCCUCCCAAUUGCUGUUCCUGCCUCUGGACUUGCAUCCUGAUUGCUCCUCCCAGGCCCUAGUCCCACCCUAGGUUCGUGCCCCAAUAAUGCCUUUGUUGUUGCUCCCCAUCACCUAUGAUUAAAUGUUUG